CUGAUUCCAUUCUUCAUCUUAAAAAAAAAUUUGUGAGGUUUAAGCGAGUGUUAGGAAGAGAAUCACGAUUCACGAAGUCAAUUCCUGUGGUCAGAUUUCGUUAUCGGAGAAGAAGAAUAUCAUCUCAAUUCUCGGCCGGAUGGCCGGCGGUAACCACCACAAGCCCUCUCCAUCCAACCGCAAAUCGCGUUGGGAGGCCAACUCAUCCUCCGCCACCGCCGCCGCCUCCAACACCAAAUCUCCAUCGGAUCCCAAACCCAAACCCAAUAACACUACCCCCAACCCCAAACCUAACCCUAAUCCUAGCCCCAAACAUCCAACCGAUCACCCACCCCUGAUCCCCUUCCCCUUCCCUGAGCGCGGCCCACCACCCCCUCCAGCCUACGGCUUCCACAUGCUCGAUCGCCGAACCAUCGUCCUCGCCGACGGCAGCGUCCGCUCCUACUUCGCUCUCCCCCCUGAUUACCAGGAUUUCGCGCCCCCACCCCGCCACCUCGACCGCUUCGACAUGCGCUUCCCUCCACGCCCCGGUUUUCGGAAUCCAAUGGAACCUCCGGCGAAGAGGAAGUACGGCGAUGAGGAUGGCGGUGAUGAAUUUGCCAAGCAGAGGGAGCAGCUCUUGCGGAACGCUAACAAUGGGUUUGCUAGUGGUGGGUCUCUCAAGCGAGAUUUGGGUGGAGACGCUGCCGAGUCGAGGCCUUCGAAGCAGUCGAGGGUUGAUGGUGUUGGUGGUAGUGGUAGUAAUAGUGGUGUUAGGAACCUGCAGGUAGAUCAGGAUGCGUUGAAGAAAGCAUUCUUUAACUUUGUGAAGCUCAUCAAUGAGAACACCACGCUGAAGAAGAGUUACUUGGAGGAUGGAAAGCAAGGGCGGCUUCAGUGUGUGGCUUGUGGCAGUGCCAAUGGCAGGUCCGCUAAAGAAUUUCCAGAUAUGCAUGCCCUUGUUAUGCACUCUUACAACUCAGAUAAUGCUGAUUUACAUGUUGAUCAUUUGGGAUUACACAAAGCACUAUGUGUCUUAAUGGGUUGGAACUACUCAAAGCCUCCUGAUAACUCAAAGACAUAUCAGUUUCUAUCUGCUGAUGAAGCAGCAGCAAAUCAGGAUGAUCUGAUCAUGUGGCCACCUUUGGUGAUCAUUCAUAACACUAAUACCGGAAAAAGUAGAGAUGGUCGUAUGGAGGGUAUGGGAAUCAAAGCGAUGGAUGCUAAAAUUAGAGAGCUUGGAUUUACGGGUGGCAAAUCAAAGUCAUUAUAUGGAAGAGAAGGUCAUUUGGGCAUAACACUGGUUAAAUUUGCUGGGGACCAGUCGGGCCUUAAAGAGGCUAUACGGCUUGCUGAACACUUUGAGAAGGAAAAUCAUGGUCGCAAGGAUUGGGCCCGUGUGCAGCCCCAAAUAUUAGGAAAGGAUGAUGAGAACAAUCCAAACCUUGUGAAGGUGGAUGAGAAAAAAGGAGACAAAAGGAGGAUCUUGUAUGGCUAUUUAGGAACUGCUUUUGAUCUUGACAAAGUUGAUUUUGACACAAGGAAGAAGCUAGUCAUAGAGAGCUGGAGAGAAUACAAACCGUCCAUGUAGUUUCUGGGCUACAUGGAAUAGCAGUGUAAAAUUAUUUGUAGAUUGUUCUGGAGAAAGUCUUUCCCUUUUGCGUUAUAGUGCUAAUUCCGAUAAGAGCUUUAAAUAAUAUUGUACUAACCGUUUCAAUGUACCAUAGGAGGCAGGGUCGCCUACAUUUUUAUUCUAA